AUGGAGAAGAAGAAACCAGUGUCUACAACAAAGAAGAAUGAAAUUGUGAGUACCCAAGUUCGUUCCUCUUCUACCUAUAUAUCUGAUGAUAUUGCCUUCUCCAUUCUAUCAAAAUUGCCUCUUAAAUCUUUUAAACGAGUUGAAUCCGUUCGCAAAUCAUGGUCUCUCUUGUCUGAAGAUACUCAUUUCAUGAACAUGUUCCGCAACAAUUUCUUAUCAUCUAAUUCUUAUUACGACGGAGCAUCUCUAUUCUUAAAGGUUACAACAUGGCCAGAUAUGCAGCAGAUGCAAGUUUUGUAUACUCUUUCUGGUCACAGGUUUCAGAAUAUAGUUAAUUCUGAUUUCUCAAAUCCAUUUAAACAUGAUAGAGAUUUUCAAAUUUUUGGUUUUGGUAGUAUUAAUGGCACACUCUUGCUCCAUCAACGAUGUUGUUACAGACAUGCAUUGUGGCACCCAUCUACCAAGAAAUACAAGAUCCUUCCUCCUAGUCAGUUUGAGUCAUAUAUUCUAGAUGAUGUUAAGCGUUAUUAUAGCAUUGUGUGUUAUAUUGAUGGAUUUGGUUGUGACUGUGUUACAGAUGACUAUCAAGUCAUUCGUUAUAUUUUCUUUGCAGAUCCAAACAAUGAGCGCAAUAAAUCUCUGGGAAAUAAAUAUUUUGAACCCUUAUGGGAGAUAUAG